GGGGGAGGAUGCUGGAAAGGGAUCGCAAACUCCCCAGGAUUACUCACUGUGCAGAAGCCUCUGCUUAGUAUAAUAUGCGGCCACAUAACGUGGCAAGUCGGAUCGGAUGAUUAGACAAGUCGAUAGACAGCGAUAAGCGCAUCUGCCUACAUGUCGGGUUAAGUCGCAGAUUCUCGGAUUCUCGGGUAAAAAACCAGAUCGUCACUCCUAAGUCAAGUCCGGUUAAGGUGAUACAGACAUCGGCAACUUUAAAAUAUGAAGAUGCUCGCAUGAAUCGUGGGAUUCCAGCAGCUGUUUCGCAAACACGUGUCCUGCCACGAAAUGCAUCGGGGAAGUUGUCAGCGGCGAGUUAUUUCUGCAUAUGCGAUGUGAAGGAGGGGAUCUUUCAACAGAUCGGCGUUUUUUUUUUUUUUUUGCUCCACAAUAAUGUUUCCCUUCUGGGCUGUAAACACACGCACAUGCAGACUUUGUCCAAACACAGCCUGAUCCCAGGCAAAACUGCGGAUACAGUUAAACGGUUUCAAGAAAGAGGACUACAGAAGAGUACAAACUACAACAACGAGGGGGAAAAAAACGUUUUAAUUAGAAAUAUACUAUGAUUUUUGAAGGACGGAAUGGCAAGUUCGGUGUCUUUACUCUCGUAACCCCGAACCGGGUAAAAGCACCACACAUGCUGCAUUAUUUUCAGAGUUUCUUCAAGACUUUCAUAUGGACGUAAACACACAAAGAGACAAAAAAACGUGGCAUUUGUAAAAGAAGGUUUUAAAGUUGGAGUUUUUUUUUUUUUUUGGAUUUCGGUGCCAUGACCGCAUAUGGAAAUCCUCGGAUGCUUUGUUUAAACGGAAAUUCCGAAAAGACUUGUUCGUAAACCACACAACUUAAUAUGGGUUUGAAUAGUUAUUAUGUUGUGUCAUUUGUAUCCACUCAUGGAAUGUAGGUUACAUGCAGCAGCUUGGGGUGAGACGCCUGGGAUGGAGCGCGGUUUAGGGACCAGGGGGGGUUCAAAUGGGAAUUACUAAUUGAUAUUGAAAUAUAUCGCUUUCAUAUAGCCGAAUACGUGGAUGGCAACGGGAGAAACAUGCGAGAGAUACCGGAAAUAUCUCGAAAUAUGUGUUGAAAUGACGCUAUCUUUCUGUCGCCUGUACGAAGCGGUGCGGAGCGAUGAAUUAGGAGACUCGCGGUAGAACUUCUGCAGAUGCUCCAUUCUGAGCGCUUAUAACCGGGGGAAAAGUUCACUCAAACAUGAUAUCCUGAAGCACACACUAGAUUUAAAGGACCAAAGCAAUUAUCUGCAAAAAAGGAAAAUAAACGAACAGUAAAUCAGGGUGACGAAUGAGAUCCAGUCGACAGUGAAGCGCAUAAGAGCCCCGGUGCGUUUGUCUGGAGGAGCGGAAUCAGCGACAGGUGUUUCUGAUAAAACCAGCCGCUCGCGCCAGUAUGCUACGCUCGAGAUGAAAGUCGACCUCGUGGGUUGAUCGUGAACCCCAGCCCAUCGACUUCUCCUGCCUCUGCUUCCGUCACCAUUAGCCCUGCUGCCCACAUGCAGGCCAAGAAGAGGUACCUGCUUGUGUCUCUCGGGGCUUGUCUUUUUCUGCUCGCCUAUCUCUGGGGUCUGCAGAUCGGGGAGAUCCAGCACCACCAGCACCACCGCUUCACCCACCUGGACAAAGUAUCACAGAGCCAGAGUCUCCCGAAGCAACGUUGGCUGCCGUCCACCCAUCCUCUGAGGACUUUCCUGGAUGGAGGUGAGGAGGAGGAAGAGGAGGAGGGACAUGUUCUUCAUCCUCACCAUCACCAGCACCUAUCGCCCCGGCAAAGGCGGGAGAUACACAAACACACAUUGAAAAACAGGAGAUGUCGUAUGGACACAUGCUUUGACUUCAGCCUUUGCCAAAAUGGAUUCAGGGUCUACGUCUACCCCCUGCCCAAAGGCGAGAAGGUCUCUGAGAGCUAUCAGAAGAUCCUGACUGCCAUUGAGGAGUCCCGCUUCCACACCACAGACCCCAGCGAGGCUUGCUUGUUUGUGCUGAGCAUUGACACACUUGACAGGGAUCAGCUGUCUAGUCAAUACAUCCACAGCGUCAAGACAAAAAUCCAAAGCCUUCCCUUAUGGAACGCGGGGAGGAACCACCUCAUAUUCAACCUCUACUCUGGCACUUGGCCGGAUUAUACGGAGGAGCUGGGCUUUGAUAUAGGUCAGGCUAUCUUGGCCAAAGCCAGCAUCGACGUGGACAAUUUUCGGCCCAACUUUGAUGUGUCCAUUCCUUUGUUUUCGAAAGAUCACCCGCAGAAGGGUGGUGACAGGGGGUAUUUGACGCUCAACAACAUUCCCCCAUCACGGAGAUACUUGCUCGUUUUCAAAGGAAAGAGGUACCUGACAGGUAUCGGCUCUGAAACAAGAAAUGCUUUAUAUCACAUUCACAAUGGGGAAGAUAUAAUUUUACUGACCACCUGUAAGCAUGGGAAGGACUGGGAGAAACACAAGGAUGCAAGAUGUGACAAGGACAAUGACGAAUACUCAAAGUCCGAUUACCAGGAGCUUCUCCACAACUCCAGCUUCUGUCUGGUCCCCCGAGGACGCAGAUUGGGCUCCUUCCGUUUCCUGGAGGCCCUCCAGGCGGCCUGCAUCCCAGUGUUGCUAAGCAACGGCUGGGAGCUGCCCUUCUCAGAAGUGAUCGACUGGAGCAAAGCGGCCAUCAUCGGAGACGAAAGGCUUCUGCUGCAGAUUCCUUCAAUUACCAGAUCUGUGGACCAUGACAAAAUAUUGGCCCUCAGGCAACAGACUCAAUUCCUGUGGGAUGCGUAUUUUUCUUCAGUAGCAAAAAUAGUAUUAACUACAUUAGAGAUAAUCCAGGAUCGAGUGCACGCCCACGUAUCGAGAAACAAGUUAAUGUGGAACGCGCAGCCUGGAGGACUCUACGUCUUGCCCCGUUUCUCUACGGAUCCUGCAAACUUUCCCUUUUAUUAUGCCGCCCUGGGUAAAAGCCCGUCUCUGGAGUUCACCGCCGUCAUCCAGGCCCUGACCCCUCUGCAGUCACAGCUACAGCCCAUUGUCAAGCUCAUCCUCGCCGUGGUCAAGUCCAAGUUCUGUGCGCAGAUAAUAGUGCUGUGGAACUGCGAGAAGCCGUUACCUCCGAAGAGCAAGUGGCCCACCACGUCAGUGCCUAUCACAGUCAUCGAGGGAGAAAGGAAGACAAUGACUGGACGCUUUUUCCCCCAUGAUGCCAUUGUCACCGAUGCCAUCCUCAGUCUGGAUGAAGACUCUGUACUCUCUACCAAUGAGGUGGACUUUGCCUUCAUCGUGUGGCGCAGUUUUCCGGAUCGGAUCGUGGGGUACCCCGCACGCAGUCAUUACUGGGACAGCAGCAAGUCCCGCUGGGGCUACACCUCCAAGUGGACCAACGAGUACUCCAUGGUUCUGACGGGAGCGGCAUUCUACCACAGGUAUUAUCACUACCUGUUCACUCAUUACCUGCCAGCAGGCCUUCUGAACAUGGUGGACCGCAUGGCCAACUGUGAGGACAUCCUGAUGAACUUCCUGGUGUCCGCGGUCACCAAGCUGCCUCCUCUCAAGGUCACUCAGAAGAAGCAAUAUAAGGAAACCAUGAUGCAGCAGGGGUCCAAGGUGUCCCGCUGGGCAGACCCGGACCACUUUGCCCAGCGACAGGCCUGCAUGAACUCUUUCACCAGCUGGUUCGGGUUCAUGCCACUCACACACUCGCAGAUGCGGCUGGACCCCGUGCUCUUCAAGGACCAGGUGUCCAUCCUGCGGAAGAAGUACCGGGACAUUGAGCGCCUUUGAAGCAGCGCUAGGGUGGAACCCUGAGCUUUUUUAAAGACUGAAGUCUCAUCCAGUUGCUUGAACUCAACCUGUGACUUGAUCUCUGAAGAGUAUUUUAUUAUAAAAUAUGCAACAGGGGGCCAUUUUGUAUCUAAUAUGGUCCAUUUAUCCAUGAUCAUCUAGAAUCUGUCAUCUAACUCCCAGUAUCAGUGAGUUGGAAUCUACUGUCGUUGCUGUUGUUGUUGAUGAUGAUGAUGAUGCUGAAAUUUAUGGCUCCUUCUCACGGACUUCAACACCAAGUAGACUGGCUCAGAACGAGGACCAGCUCGGAGGUCACUGAGCGACAUUGCUUAAGUUUUCAGCUUAUACAGACCUCACCAAUUGGGGUCAGAUGUCCUAGAAAUGCAAUGGAUGUUUUCUUGUCCCCUGGAAAGAUUUUAACUCUAGCACUGUAUUUGUUGCUCUCCAUUGUUUAUUUCCAGGGCUUUCAAAUUUAAGAGUUUAUUUUUGUUCGCUGUAUCUCACACAUAAGCUUUAAAUUGCAACCACAGCUCUGAUAAAGUACGUCCAAAUGUG